GCGGCCGGGGCCCGGCGGUGCUCGCUGCGGAGCGGGGUCCCAUUCCUGCCUCUGGACGGGCGCUCUCCCUGGGACACGCAGCGCGUCCUUUUCCCCGCAGGCUCCUCCCGGAGAAAGCCGGAUUCCCCGUCGAGUCGCUGCCAUGGCCUCCGUCCCGUCCGCCGGCUGCCUCCUGGCCAAGAACCAGUACUACAGGACAAGACUGAACUCGGAAUCCAGUGUUUCUUCCAGCUCCUCCAGCUGUUUGGAUGCUGUGAACAUCACAGACCAGGACAAAGCAUCACAUGGGUUACCAGAGUUAAUUGAUAAAUAUUGGUGGAUAAAAAGCUUCUUCCAUAGUGAACCCUCUCCACCAAAUGUUGGCAGAAAAACACUCUCAGCAAGCAGUACCAACAGUUGAAAAGGACCCUAUGAUGGCUUUUCUGAUUGAGAUGCUACAUACAGACGUGUUUGUUCAAGAGGCUUGCGGUCUUCCUAAUGUCUCGGUUCAGCUGCAAGAAGAAGACAAAACCUUUAGGGGAGUGGAAAAGUGUAUUUUCAAAAUAUUUCUUGGUAGCUAAAAUGAUAUUGCUUAAUGGACAUAUCCAUGGCCUACCGUGUUCUUUCCAGAUUUGCCAUAAUUUGUGAUGUCUCUCUAAUGAAAGUUUCCAGGUGUAAACAUCCUGAUGACUUACUUGAAUAAUUAGAGAAAAGUGACAGUAAAAAUAAGACAUCAUAGGUUUAGGACGAAGACGUAUAUUGAAUGACUUUGCAGUAGGUGAUUCUGUUAAGUUGCCUUUAAGAUACCAGCUCUAUAGGCACUCACACUGAUGUAAACAAGAUUCAGACCUAUAAUCCGGAGUAGGACUGCUGUGUGGCACGUGUCUUUUAUCCAGUAUUUGUGUAUCAAUCAUAGGGUGUGAGUUUACAAGAAUAGUAGCUUUGCCUUUAGAAAGCCCAAUUAUAUAAACAAGCAAUAAUCAGUUUGGUUUCUUUAAUCAAGCGCAGUGCAUAGAUCCCAACUUCAAAUAUCCAGGUACCACUUUCAUUCCUGUCUCUAUAUGCUGGUGUUUGAGGACAGAAUAGAGGAGAUGCACAAGAAACCAGUAAUCCUAUUGGAAAUUGUCCUUUCCAAGGAGAAGAGCAACCUUAAUCAGAGAUGACACUUCUAGUUCAUUUUAGAUUUCUUCUGCUUGCUUUGUUGUGGCUUAAAGAUCUACCAAGUAACUAAUUCUAUCAAUAUUCUGCUGUCUGUCAGAUUAGUUAUGAGGGCUAGAUCUGGCAAAGGAUUCCACUCAAAGUAAUCACAUUAUUGUUAUUUAUCCAAGUGUACCUUUGUCAUGCUCUUGAAAGGUACUAUAACAUUGCAAUGCUGAAGACUAAAUGAAGCUAAUUAGUAUAAUGAAUGUUUAUUCUACUGGGCAUGACUGAAAUGCAUCAAGGGUUAUGAAAAAUAACAAGUAUGGCUGGAUGAUAACAUUGUGACAAGUAUCUGUGCAACUUUUUGAUGUACUGUCAUUAAACCUGCUGGAUAUUUGCCCAUCAGUGGACGAGCUAACAGUAGCAAACAUUAAUGUAGCCAACAUCUUUUUAUUAUAGGUUAAUGGUUGUCAUGGUUAUGCAUAACUCCAAGGUGUAUCAAGUGGCUGCUUCAGGGAGUUUACAGUCUGGAGGCAAUGCAUGGCAGAUGACAACAGAAAAGAGCACAAUUCUGAAAACAUGAUUUUAAGGGUCUUUAGAUUGACUUGUGUCUUUACUGCUAUUGUAUAGUUUCACCUUUGUCUGUUCUCUAAGUGUACAUAAUGACCCUUUUUUAUACUAGGAUUUUUUUGUUGAUAAAGAUUUAAUCAAUA